AUGAAGGGUUUAGGAGAGGCAACGAAGGUAACAAAGGAAAGGAGACAGAGAGGAGACUCUCCCCUGCUGCAGCAGCUGCAGCAGCUGCAGCAGCUGCAGCAGACAGCAGCAGAGAGCAGCGACAGCAGCAGCAACAGCAGCAACCACAGCAGCAGCAAGAGCAGUAGCAACACCAGCAACAGCAGCAGCAGCAGAAACACACUAGCAGCAGUAACACCAGUAGCAACACCAGCAGCAGUAGCAACAGCAGCAGCAGCAGCUACACCAGCAGCACCAUCAGCAGCAGCAGCAGCAGCAGCAGCAACAGCAGCAGCAGCAGCAGCAAGGAGAGCUGAUUUGUUAGUUGAAUUUGCUUUGUCUAUAGCGAGGGCAGUGGGGUGUAUCUGCAGCAGCAGCAGCAGCAGCAGCAGCAGCAGCAGCAGCAGCGCCGGCGGCAACGGGAAGAGCAGCAGCAGCAGUUACUGCUGCAGCUCUGCUGCUGUAGAAGUCGUAUUUGCUCCUUCUUCUGUUCGUCUGCUGCAGCAGCAGCAGCAGGAGAGCCUAACGGCGCAUUUGAGGGGUUCUGCACGCCAGCAGCAGCAACCGCAGCAGCAGCAACCGCAGCAGCAGCAGCAGCAGCAGCAGCAGCAGCAGCAGCAGGAACAGCGGCGGUAG